GCUUUUUUUCUCCUUUCUUAACCUAAGUUCCUCUAGCCUCCCUUGUCCACACAAACACAUUCUCUCUCAUCUCUCUCACACACACUCAAGUAUCAUUUUCCCGCAUAUGCUUCACAUCUUCACACAAAAGAAACAACCAUUCACAACAUACUACCUUGUCAUUUAUUUUUCUCUCCCUCUCUCAAUAUCUCAAAAAUCUCUGCAAAAAACAACUUUCUUAACAAAACCCAUAAAUCUCCUCGAAUCAUCAUUUCCCUCUUCUUUUUCAUCCCUACCCUCAUAAAAAGGGCUAGUAUCCUUUUUCCUUGUCCUGAUUCAAGAAACAAGAACUAGGGUUUUUAUAUCUGAAAGGCAACCAAAGAAUCUCUAUAAAAAAAAGAAGAAGACGGACAAGAGUAAGAAGAAGUUAAAAGCUCUCAUCCAUGGAGCUUUUUCCUGCUCAGCCAGAUUUAUCCUUACAAAUUAGUCCUCCAAAUAGCAAACCAUCAUCGACGUGGCAGAGAAGAAGAUCAACAACAGAUCAAGAAGAUCAUGAGGAACUUGAUUUAGGGUUCUGGAGAAGAGCUCUUGAUUCAAGAACAUCUUCUCUCGUCUCUAAUUCCAGUUCAAAAAAAACUAAUAAUCAUCAUUAUCCACUCGAAGACCUCUCGCUCUCUAACAACUCCCAUCCUCAUAAUCAUCACCAACAACAUCAUCAUCCACACCUUCUCCCUAUUUGCAACGGCUCUAAUAUCUUGACCUCUUUCCAGUUUCAGACACAACAACACUUACAAGGUUUCGUUGCUCAUGACCUUAAUACUCACUUAAGACCAAUAAGAGGAAUCCCUCUAUACCAAAACACUCCUCCACAUCAUCAUCACCGGCCGCCGCCGUUUUUCCCUUUCGAUACGUCGUCCCUCGUUCCCUCUUCUUCGCCGGCUCCCAACGGAAACAACAACAAUAAUCAUCAACAUCAUACAAUGAACAGAGCGAGAUUCAUGCCGAGAUUCCCAGCUAAACGAAGCAUGAGAGCUCCUCGGAUGCGAUGGACGACCACUCUCCAUGCCCGUUUCGUUCACGCCGUUGAAUUACUCGGUGGCCAUGAAAGAGCAACACCAAAAUCAGUUCUUGAGCUUAUGGAUGUCAAAGAUCUCACCUUGGCUCAUGUUAAGUCCCAUUUACAGAUGUACAGAACAGUGAAGUCAACCGAUAAAGCAGCAGUUUUUUCAGGACAAUCUGAUGUCUAUGAAAAUGGAUCUUCAGGAGAAAAUAACUCAGACGAUUGGAUGUUCGAUAUGAAUAGAAAAUCUAGAGAUAGCGAUGAGCUGACGAAUCCUCUGGAGAAAUCAAACGCACUAUGGAUCAAUCCUUCCGGAGAGGCACGUUUGCAUGGGAAGCUAAUCGAUAAUGUUGCAGAAAUUAUGCUACCUUCCGAGAAGGAAUUAGGUGGAAAAUGUUCAAGUUAUGGGAGGAUAUCAUCAGAGGAUAUGAGCUCAUUAAGCAUCUCUGGAACAAGCCCCUUCAAGCCUAAUCUUGAGUUUACUUUGGGUUGAUCUCACUAAACUUACUGUCGUAGCUAACUAGUAAUUUUUAGUAUUAAGUGACUUCUAUUUUGGCUAACUACAAGUUUCGAUAUUCAUAUCGUCUGAACAAGUUUUAUUUUAAGCUAAAAUGUCAAUA